AUGCGAAGAUUCGUCAUUUUCCCCGAUAACAUCUCUGCACUGACUGUUCUGGCUCAACCUGCUCUUGAUCUUCACAUACUGAUGGAGGACCGGCGCGAAGCGAAGAGAGCACGACAAGCAUGUUUGAAUUGUAGGAGAAAGAAGUCCAGGUGCUCAGGCGAGAAGCCUGUAUGUGCCUUCUGCGCACGUCUAGGUCAACGCUGUACCUGGGAUGGCCACGAAGACCGAUCGCCCGAGUCAUUCACCGAAUCUCGUGGGACGUCUGCUACGGCAGCUGUGCACCACGACUCCGACCUUGCUGCGAGAAUCGCCCUCCUUGAGUCGCGCCUGAACUUUCUUGACGCAGAAAAUGCUUUCAGAUUGUUCUCAUCAUUGCCAGGCCCGGGCAACCCAGCGGAACAAGAGGUUGCUCAGCAAUCUUACGAUCAGCAAAAUGUCCUUACCGAUCAGGUAGAGGACCUCCGUAUUGAUUUCUUGUCUCUGCCAUAUCCGGAAUUGCUCCGGUCUCUGGUAGAUGUCUAUUUCGAACGGUGUCAUAACCAGCCCUACGCCUAUUUCCACCAAGAGUCAUUCCGGUAUGAUUAUGACUCCGGAGUCCUGCCUGAUUAUCUCCUAUAUGCGCUCGCAGCUACGGCAUGCCGAUUUUCUGAUCACGACUUCUAUCGCAACAAAUGGUCGGACGCAAUCGACAGCUAUGCACAAGCGUCAUUCACUCAAAUAUUAGAGCGUUAUUUCUCUGACGCGGAUUCGCUUCAAGUGGACAUGAUAGUAGCCUUAUCGAUGCUGGCCACUGUGGAAUUUGCGGCCGGACGUCCCAAGCUUGGUUGGAUCAAGCUUGCUUUGUCCACUCGCUUUGCUCAGUCCUUGCGGCUCAACGAGGAGCCUGACCCUCAACUUCCGCUUCUCGAACAAGAAGAACGCCGCAGAGUGUUUUGGUCUGUCUAUCUGCUCGACGUGCUCAUGUCGGUAGGGCCGAACCGGCCUCCAAGCCUUCUAGACGAAGACUGUACUGUCCGCCUGCCAUGCGAUGAAAACUUCUUCAACGAAGGAACUGCAUUCAACAAGAGAAUUCCAGUCAACUCGAUGCCAACUUUGACGGAAGUCCAGGAGGAUGCGUCUAUUGACCUACCACCACUCAACUCGUUUGCACUGACAAUCCUGAUGGCGUCGGCCCUGGGUCGAUUCCUGCGUUUCAGCCUAAAGCGCACAUUGAAUAAGGCACGAGUCCUUUGGGAUCCAAGGUCGAAAUACUACGAGGUACACAGUAUCCUGUUGCGGUACGAGAGUCAAUCGCCGUGCGCUUUCACCCCAGUUAUUGAGGUGAUUCACAAACUACCUACACUCGGACCACAACCGCCAUCGAAAGUCAGCCAUACCGUGUUUGCUCAUGUCCUUUAUCAUCUGAAUCAAUCUCUCUUGAAUCAUCCAUUUAUCCUGUACCGGUUUUUCCACAACUAUGCAGCACCCAUACCCUUGAGUUUUGUGCAGGAAGCUCUCCAACGUUGUCACCAGCAUGCAACAAGCCUUAUCGAGCUUCUCACUAACCUGGAAACCCACUGUCCGCUCAGUCAUGCCAGCUUUUACGGCUACUGUGUGAUGGCAGAAGGACUCAUUCUACGCAUGUAUGAGAGAAAUAACGACAAGAACAUAGCAGACGCGGCUAGCAGACGUGUUCGCGAGGCCCUUAACUUCUUGCAGCGCAAGCCGAUCCGAUGGAGUCACGUUGGACACAUGGGCACCCUGCUUUCCUCCUUCGAACUAGAUGCCAGUAUCGCAAGAGUCCUUACCGAUCCAGCCAGCCUUGCGCGCAAAGUUGAUGUACCGCACGGGACAAUGUUAUGGCAGCUGCUUGACUAUGCGUGGGCUCCUCAAAACAAACCUCCCUCGGCGAUCCGAAGUUCGCUGGCAAUCGCAGAUUUGCUGUCUGAGACGGCACCUGAAGAGGCGAACAACCCUACCGGAUCCUCAUGUGACAGCGCCUACACCCCGAUUGUGUUGUUUGACAGCAGGGAUUCAUUGCCUUCAUCUUAUGCUAGAAUGUUGGGAGAAGACAUGUAA